UUAUAAUAAUUUGUAGUUUUAUAGGUCUUUUUUGUAGCGUAAACCUCAUUUUUCUAGUUAUAAACUGAAAAAAAUCAUCACUAUAUUCAUUAUAAAUAUUCAUCAAUUGACAAUGAUAUAACACAGGUUAUGAAUAAAUUAAGAAUUCAAAGCUUAUAUCCUCGGGCAGUAUUCACUAAGAGAAAUGCCAGUAGUUAUUUAAGUAAUCUUUGGUCUCCACAACCAUUUCAAAUCGGGUACCCUAUACCAAAUCCCAAUAUACAACAGGAAAGAGAGGAGUUAAAUAAGUUAUUAUUUUCAGAACACAAUUUACAAGAUGAAGAUAUUAACCGAGUAGAUCUCUCAUUAGCUGAAUUAAAGGAAUUAGGAAAGCAUAAAAUCAGAUAUAUCCAUCCUAAACCAACCAGAUUAAUAGGAGAAAAUUUAUAUAAAAUCCAGUUCCCCCAACAAACUUCACAUUAUGCUAAAAAAUUAUGGAACAGAUUACCUCAAGAAUCCCAAUUAAAACUUAUAGAAAGUCCCAAUCUUGAUAUUUUGCAUGAUGAACGAUUAAGAAUCUGGAAAGGAUAUGAAAUUGUUGAACAUCUUAAACGAAAUAGGCCAGAAUAUCAAUACAAUCCAUAUCCCUUACUGGGAUUAUAUCCUUGGGAGAUCAUAAAGGAUAAAAUAAGAAAAAGGAGUUUAAGAAAUAAGAGGAAACGAACCAUAUUUGAAUUUGAAUGGGAUUAUUAUGAUCAAUUGAUUAAAGAAGCAUUUGGAUCCAAUGUGAAAAGAACUGCUGUUCAAAUAUAUUAUACCCAAUUACGAUCCAUAUUCCCUGAUCAAAAGUAUACUUUUACUAAUGUUUUCAAAGAAUUCAAUCAAUUGUCGGAUUCAGAGAAACAGAUCUAUUAUGAUACAGAAGCUCGAUUCCAUGAACAAGCCAUUGUAUCUCGUGAUAGAGUAUCUACUGUGAACAGUAGAACCUUCCGAACAUUUUACAAACAAUACAUCGCCACCACAGAGUAUGAUCAACGACAAUUGUUAAAUGCCAUUAGGAUCUAUAAACAAAUGGAUGCCACUCAGAGGAACUCAUAUAGUAGAGCAAGACAAUGUACAUUCCACAAAUAUAGAGAAGAGACGUUGGAUUUGCAAACUGCCAUGGUGAUGGAUUAUGUCUAUUACGUUGGAGGUGUCGAGGGACAUCCUCCAGGGUCAUUUGAUUGGUAUAAUGAUAUGAAACGUCAAACUAAAGGGUUUACAUAUUUAGAUAAAUGUUAUACUGAAAUAUUACAGACGCGGUAAAUAAAUUAUCAAACCCCAUACAAAACUAAAAAAAAAAUUGUUUGUAGAGACGCGUAGGGGAAUGAUAAAUUUUUGACAUCAACUUCAACUUGUAUCACCAAUAUUAACUAACUUUAUUACAUUACGAUAUACACAUACAAUGACCACUGCAGUUGAACCAUCCGUUAAGAAACAA